AUGGACGGAGCUUUCCCUCAUGCCCUACUUCACGAUGACGCUCUAGAGCCGCUGGCGGCCGGGCUGGUCGACGUACCAUUAGAGGCCGACGGUCCUUUACCCUUUGACGUGCUCCUUGGGCCCCCUUUCCCGCAUGUGGUGCCAAACGAGCCGGUAGCUGUGCAGGAUAACCCUCAUCUCGAUGACGAGGGCCCGUUGCCGUUCGAUGUCUUACUAGGGCACCCUUUUCAUGCUGCACUGGACCACAAUGCAGCAGCCGCACAGCUUGAAUUCACGCUCCCGCUCCCGAUUUCGAAGAAGACGGGGAGCUCGACUUCGGACCAGCCGAAGAACCUCAACUCGACGCCCAGAUUCCGCAGCACUUACCGGCGCAGGCGCUGGAUGCUGUCAUCGCAGCCGCGGCGCUCUUCGAAGGCCACCAUCCCGAGCUUGCAGCCCACCCCGACGGCUCGGGACUAG